UUAAGUGGGCUUGCCUUUAACUCAGUAUGCUCCUGGGUCCCAGAGGCUUCCUUGAAGGGGUGGGGAGAGCGGUGGAGGAUGCUCUGGGAAGGGUCAAGGGCGGUGGAGGAUGCACCAGGAAGGGUCAAGGGCGGCCGGUGUGCGUCCGACCUGGGCUGGCGGGGCAGCGGCGGGGAACCCCGCCCAGGAGGCUGCCCGGUCCCCGGGGCUGGCCGCUGCUGGAGCCGACGGGGCGGAGAGGAGCGCGGGAGGAGGAGUAGGAGAAGGGGGCUGGUCAAGGGAAGUGCGACGUGUCUGCGGAGCCUUUUUAUACCUCCUUCCCCGGAGCCCGGCAGCAGCAGCCGCCGCAGCCAUCCGUGCGAUCUUCCAUCUCUGCUGCCUGGACCGAGGAUCCGCAGUCGCCGCAGCAUGUCGGAGGUCAAGAAGCAGAAGACGGACAGCCAGCAAAAAUCCACCAACGUGGUCUAUCAGGCCCACCAUGUGAGCAGGAACAAGAGAGGGCAAGUGGUUGGAACCAGGGGCGGAUUCCGAGGAUGCACCGUAUGGCUAACAGGUCUCUCUGGUGCUGGAAAAACGACUGUAAGUUUUGCUUUGGAAGAGUACCUUGUCUCCCAUGCCAUCCCCUGUUACUCCCUGGAUGGGGACAAUGUCCGUCAUGGCCUUAACAAGAACCUCGGAUUCUCUCCUGGGGACCGAGAAGAAAACAUCCGCCGAAUUGCUGAGGUGGCCAGGCUCUUUGCCGACGCUGGCCUGAUCUGCAUUACCAGCUUCAUUUCUCCGUUUGCAAAGGAUCGUGAGAAUGCCCGUAAAAUUCAUGAGUCAGCAGGAUUGCCAUUCUUUGAAAUCUUUGUAGACGCACCUCUAAAUAUCUGUGAAAGCCGAGAUGUAAAGGGACUUUACAAACGGGCUCGGGCUGGAGAGAUUAAAGGGUUUACAGGCAUCGAUUCUGAUUAUGAGAAGCCAGAAACUCCAGAGUGUGUGCUGAAGACCAAUCUGUCUUCAGUGAGCGAUUGCGUUCAGCAGGUGGUGGAGCUUCUGCAAGAGCAGGGCAUUGUACCUCACACCAUGAUCAAAGGCAUCCAUGAACUCUUUGUGCCGGAAAACAAACUCAAUCAAGUCCGAGCUGAAGCUGAGACUCUCCCCUCAUUAUCAAUCACCAAGCUGGAUCUGCAGUGGGUCCAGGUUCUGAGCGAAGGCUGGGCCACUCCCCUCAAGGGCUUCAUGCGGGAGAAGGAGUACUUGCAAAUUAUGCACUUCGACACUCUGCUGGAUGGCAUGGUCCCUCGCGACGGAGUCAUCAACAUGAGCAUUCCCAUUGUGCUGCCUGUCUCUGAGGAUGAUAAAGCACGACUAGAAGGGUGCAGCCAAUUUGUCCUGAUGUAUGGUGGCCGGAGGGUGGCCAUAUUACAAGACCCUGAAUUCUACGAGCACAGGAAAGAGGAGCGCUGUUCCCGUGUGUGGGGGACAGCAAACGCAAAACAUCCCCAUAUCAAAAUGGUGAUGGAAAGUGGGGAUUGGCUGGUUGGUGGAGACCUGCAGGUGCUAGAGAGAAUAAGGUGGGAGGAUGGGCUGGACCAGUACCGCCUGACACCUCUGGAGCUCAAGCAGAAGUGCAAAGAAAUGAAUGCUGAUGCAAUGUUUGCAUUCCAGUUGCGCAAUCCUGUCCACAAUGGCCAUGCUCUGCUGAUGCAGGACACCCGCCGCAGGCUCCUGGAGAGGGGCUACAAGCACCCUGUCCUCCUGCUACACCCUCUGGGGGGCUGGACCAAGGACGACGAUGUGCCUCUGGACUGGCGGAUGAAACAGCAUGCAGCUGUACUUGAGGAAGGAGUCCUGGAUCCCAAGUCAACCAUUGUUGCCAUCUUUCCAUCUCCCAUGUUAUAUGCUGGCCCCACAGAGGUCCAGUGGCACUGCAGGUGCCGGAUGAUUGCAGGGGCCAAUUUCUACAUUGUGGGCAGGGAUCCUGCAGGAAUGCCCCACCCUGAGACCAAGAAGGACCUGUAUGAACCCACCCAUGGGGGUAAGGUCUUGAGCAUGGCCCCUGGCCUCACCUCUGUGGAAAUCAUUCCAUUCCGAGUGGCUGCGUACAAUAAAACCAAAAAAGCAAUGGACUUCUAUGAUCCAGCAAGGCAUGACGAGUUCGACUUCAUCUCAGGAACUCGUAUGCGGAAGCUGGCCAGAGAAGGAGACAAUCCCCCAGAUGGCUUCAUGGCUCCCAAAGCGUGGAAAGUGCUGACAGAUUACUACAGGUCCCUGGAGAAGAUCAACUAAAUGCCCUUGGCUCCAGUUUCUUUCUAAAGUAUUUGUUGAUUGAUGACCUUUUCUAUUUUUGUGAUUAGAUGCUUUGUAUCCAAUUGCUUCUCGAUGACUAAUUUUAAAGUUCAUAUUUUGUAAUGAGGUAAAAAAAAUUGUGCCUAUAACUUAUAUAUGUAUGAAUAUAUAUGUGUGUAUAUAUAUAUAUUCACACUGGAGACUAAAUCUUAGGUGAAUGCAAUUGUUACACAUUCCAGAACUAAAGCAGUUGUAUUCUACUUCAUCUUAAGUAGCUCCCAGAUCUCUUAAACAGGUAUAUCCCAGAUCUCUUAAAACUUUGUCCAUGGGUCUAGGUGACUUGCCCAAACCAGAAAGCAUAUGUUCCAUCUUAAUUCUGCCAACCUGGAAUCCCAGUGUCACUUACCAUUGUGACAAAUGUGUGAAGGUAUGAAUAAUAGAUUUAUGCAACUUAGUUCUGCCCUGAAAAAGACAUAGUCUAAUAGGAGAGAUGUUUUAAUGACUUUCUGUAAGUAGCAAUUCCAGUUUGAUGACAACUUUUAAUAAUGUAGUACACUUUGAAUAAAAGGAUCCCAGGGAUGAAACUAUCCAGCUAUUCUGUGGAAAGUUACUUUCCCACUCUUUGCUGUGGCCAUUGUAUCCUGAACAGGUACCUCUUUGACUGCAGCAGCAGCUGUAACCAAAAAUAUAGCAGACUAGUGAGGUGCUAAAACUGGUAAUUCCUACAAAAAACAUGACAUCCAAACUUCAUCCAAAUGAACACAGAUGAUACAUACACAUACACUUUGUGAGCUGCCGGACAAAUUAACAUUAGCAAAUACUGCUGGCACCAAAUGACUGCCCAGACCAUGACACUCCCAAGCUAGUUCCCUGUCUUCUACAUUAGACAACAGAGGAGCUAAGUAUGAUUCCUUCCAGCAACUUAAAGGUCCUUGAGAAUGCUAAAAGGUAACCUGUGAGAAUGGAAGAUGGCAGGGUAUCCCAGACUCUGUUGAUGUUACAAAUUUCCAGACUCAACCUGUUGUGAAACAGGCUCUGAUGGCUUUAUUUUCUGAGAUAAUUUUUGUACUUUAUGCCUUAUUCAUUGUUGCCAAGGAACACAUAUGAAAAAGCACCUUUUAUACAUAGGUCUCUCUGAAAGAGACCAAAACUGGAAAGAGAAAACUGUGAUUUUUUUUUUCAUACUGUCAUUUUUUAAAAUGCAAAUAAAAGUUCUUUUGUGAGUAAGUUACAAUGACCACAGAAAAGUACCUGUACUUACUCUCAUCAGACUUACUACUGCCUUUAAAAAUAUGUAUUUAUUGAACACGUGACAGGAUUGUAGUGCCUUACCAAAUGAAUUUUGUGAUUGUUAACAUUUUCAACUGCCUUUCUGCUCUAGUACCACACUUAGUGUGAACAACUACUUCCAUGUCCAACCAAUGCUUGUUCUUAUUCUAAUAAAUUUCUCAAAGAAG